AUGCUGCUUGGGUACGUAACCCGUUCGUUGCAGCUCGGCAGUGGUUUCAACAACCCAAACCCGCACACGGCACCGUACGUUCGGGUUCUGUCCGAGAUAGAAGCUGCCGUGAACGAAAGACCGAAUGCAGAUCUGAUUCGACAAGAUGUGUCCAACGCGAUCAUCAACCACGUUAACUACACUAAGCAGUCUUUCCACGACGAGCACGAGAGCACACGAAAAGAAGUCCAAAAAACCAAGCAGUUCCUCUUGGAGAGGGGACUUGGUUGUCACCAAGGCGGACAAGGGAAGACAGUGGUGGUGAUGAAGCGGGAGGAGUACGAUGAGAAGAUGCAAGCACUGGUGAGCGAUGUGGAGACGUACGAGCAGAUUGCGAGGGACCAGACCAAGAAGACAUGCGAAAGUAUCAACAAACAAAUCGAUGAAUGGGCGAACAAGGGUUUCAUCAAGCAAUCGGAGGUGAAGGUGUACAAGCUACACAACUGUAACCCGCCACGUGUGUACGGGUUACCCAAAACGCACAAGGACGGGAGGCCGCUGAGGAUCAUCAACUCAACGAUCGGUACGGCUACGUACAAGAUGGCACGGUAUCUGUCCAACAUCCUCAACCAGGUAGCGGGUAAGACUGAGCACCACAUCGUAAACAGUUUCGAGUUUGUGGAGGAAAUCCGUGGGAAGCAAAUAACGGAGGAGAACAUUUUGUUUUCCCUUGACGUAGUGUCUCUCUUCACGAACGUGCCGGUCGAUUUUGCCAUUGAAUCGAGGUUUGGUGUCCCGAUGGGCUCUCCACUAUCACCAGCGGUGUCGAACAUCGUGCUGGAGAGAAUUGAGAGAGCAGCUCUGGAGAACUUGAUGGCCCGUGGGAUCGUGCCAGUGUUCUUCAAGCGGUACGUCGAUGACUGUUUGCUGUGUGCGAGAUUGGAAGAUGUUGAAAUUGUACUGGAGGUUUUCAACAGUUUCCAUCAGCGUUUGCAGUUUACGAUGGAAAUGGAAGUAGAUAUGAAGCUGAAGUUUCUAGACGUAAUACUGCGAAAGAGAGGGAAUGUGAUCACAACAGAAUGGGCGCCAAAAGAUGUCAAUGGAAGGUAUUUGGAUUACACGUCGGGAGGAGGAGGAGGAGGAGGAGGAGGAGGAGGAGGAGGAGGAGGAGGAGGAGGAGGAGGAGGAGGAGGAGGAGGAGGAGGAGGAGGAGGAGGAGGAGGAGGAGGAGGAGGAGGAGGAGGAGGAGGAGGAGGAGGAGGAGGAGGAGGAGGAGGAGGAGGAGGAGGAGGAGGAGGAGGAGGAGGAGGAGGAGGAGGAGGAGGAGGAGGAGGAGGAGGAGGAGGAGGAGGAGGAGGAGGAGGAGGAGGAGGAGGAGGAGGAGGAGGAGGAGGAGGAGGAGGAGGAGGAGGAGGAGGAGGAGGCUGCCCAUGUGUUCAGCUGCAAACACCACCAACAAAGUCGUUGCGGUACCUGGCUUAA